UUCCAAACUUGUACCUUCGUGCUCCCCUGUGAAGGGGGGCCAAUCACACGCCAGAAUUCGGAUGAACAAAAGGGGGAAGAAAAUCAUGUAUGCUUUGCCGGAUGUCUGUUUGGUUGGAGACACAGGAGCCAGGAUGCAUGCAUUGCUUGCUUCAGAGCUUCAAAGUUAUCGCUGAUAUUGUGGGCCCUAGGCAAUUUCGCUCGAAUUAUCCGCCAAGGCUGUCGGACGAAACAGGUGCCGCAGACACUGCAGCACCAAAAUACCCUGGAUGGGAGCUGUGGAAGGGGGAUUAUGUCCCCCACGUCGAUUGGAUUGAUGACCCAGCCAUGAAGCAAUUGAGAAAGACAGAAAGAGCGGUGCGGCAGGAAGCGAGGGUUGCGCAGCUUCUGAAUGGCGACGAAGAAGACGGCCGGAAAAUUGAGGAGUCGGUGAUGCAGUUGAGAAGGAUAAGACAGAUUCCUACUGCACAGAAGAGAACCCCGUGGCGCAUGGACCCGACGGGCGAUGCGCCCGAUCAUCUCAUCCGCCUGAUUCGCGAUCAAGCGAUCAUGGGCAGGGCAUACAUGGCCAUAGCUCUGCAGCGCGGCAUGCGCACGCUCGCGAAAGAUCUCAGACAGUCGAGCAAGGAGAUGCUCAAUGUGAUUGGCGAUGCAACCGUCGACUCGGAGUUGGACCUUGUCACUACGGCAGAUCGUAUGCGUGCGAUGGGCCACUUGCUGAAGUUUGCGAGGAGGCAGUUAUAUAACCCUGAGCUGUUGGUGAAGAAAAUGAGAACGGUUGUACAAAGCACCGAAGACCAAAUCCGCGCAUACCAGAAGACGACAAUCUAUCUGCGAGAGCAGGCGGCGAAAGCGUUUCCGAAAGGCCUACACUGCUUGUCGCUGCAGCUGACAGUCGACUACGAUGCCGUCAAGGCAAAGAAAGGCGGAAGCAUUGGGCGGGUGGUUGCAGGAUCGGAAGGUGCAUUAAUCGACAAUGACUUGUUUCAUUAUUGUUUGUUCACGGACAACGUGCUCGCUGCGGCAGUUGUCGUCAACUCAACCAUCACCAACUGCAAAGAGUCGCGCCGACACGUGUUCCACCUGGUGACCGACAGUCUGAACCUUCGUGCGAUGCAGACUUGGUUCGCCGAUAAUCCGCCGGGAGAUGCGACUCUGGAGAUCCAAAACAUCGACGAUUUCACAUGGUUGAAUGCGUCGUACUGCCCAGUCUUGAAGCAAUUGAAGGAUGAAAGUACGAAGGACUACUUCUUUGGCGGCAACGCGGCACGAUCUAUCUCAGGGGGCGCGAACAAUUUGAAGUACAGGAAUCCAAAGUACUUGUCGAUGCUUAACCAUGUCCGAUUCUACCUUCCUGAGCUGUACCCUAAGCUGAACAAGAUCCUCUUCCUCGAUGAUGACAUUGUUGUUCGGCGGGACUUGUCGCCGCUGUGGGACAUUGACAUGGAGGGCCGUGUAAACGGCGCCGUCUACACUUGUGGCGAGAGCUUCCACAGAUUCGACAAGUACCUGAACUUUUCUGACCCUCUCAUAUACGAGAACUUCAAGCCUGAUGAUUGCGGCUGGGCAUAUGGGAUGAAUAUGUUCGAUCUACAGCAGUGGAAGGUGCAUAACAUCACUCAGAUAUAUCACUCCUGGCAGGAGAAGAACAAAGACCGCACAUUGUGGAAGCUUGGAACACUGCCCCCUGGCUUGAUUACAUUCUACAAGACAACCUUUCCGCUCAAUAACACAUGGCAUGUUCUUGGGCUGGGAUACGAUCCGAAUCUGGACGAUACCGCCAUCGAAAGUGCCGCUGUGGUCCACUGGAAUGGUAAUAUGAAGCCAUGGCUAGACACUGCGAUAUCCAAGUACAGAGUCCUUUGGGCAAAAUACGUCGACUACGGGAAUGAGCGGUUACUGAGGUGUAACAUUCAGGCUCCACCGGAGGCGGAGACACACGCAGAGUUCCUGCAGCCACUUGCUCUGGCACGCGCCGCAAGUUUGCGCGAGGCGGCGGCUCGCCAAGCCUCUCUCCAGUAAUGCCGCUUGAAACCUUGAUAUGCAAAUCUUUAUCUAUUUUUUUUUCUUUUUCUUCUGGCUGUCAUUCGCUACAAUUCGUCCAAGUACUUACAGAUGACUUCGAGAAGCUCAGAGUUCUUGCAGCCACUUGCUCUGACACGCUCGCUGCGAGCUUCCGAGAGGCGGCGGUUUGCGAAGUCUCUCCCCAGCAACUUUGCUUCAAGUUCCUUGUCCUUGAUACUUGUCCUUGAUACACACAUCUUUUGCUGGCUGUCCUAGUGUACAAUUGUAAGUGUCUUCAUACAAAUAACUUUGGCCUCUGACUGCAAUCCUGUGAGCCCACCCCUUGGAACGAUGCAGACUCUUGAGGAGCACCAGACUGAGGAGGAGAGAAUAGGCAGAGGCAUUUGAAGUCUCUGUGCUUUUGUUGGGGUCUGAAGCUGAUAGGCUCUGAAUAGUGAGCUUUCUAAGACUUGGUGGUUUAGAGUUUAGGGGUAAGGGCAGUUAGUGCAGAGGUGGAGGGCAACUUUCACGGGCUCAGGGUGGCUUCGGCACAGCUUCGGGGUGGUGGAUUCAGCACCGGUUCUAGGUGGCUUGCGCUCAGGUUGGGGGUGGUUUUCCGCGCAGGCUUACGGUCUGAGCGGGCUGUAAGGUCAGGAUGGCGGCAGCAUGAGCUGACAAUGGGUGCAGAGGUGGCUGUGUGGCUUCAGCACUAGUCAGGGCUCUGCCCAUUAGAGCUGGGAAAGCUGUGGCACAGGUUUAGACAUGGAUUUCUGGUACAGGCUUGGGUCUGGCGUUGCUUUGGGGUUGGAAGUGGGUCUGACCUUCUUUUAGGGUUGGAACCGCGGGAGCGCAGGUUUGGGGCGGGAUGCAGCGUGGGUUUGGGGUGGCUUCAGUGCAGGUUUGGGGUAGGCUUCAGUGCAGGUUCGGGGUUGGUGUGCGCCUCCUUGACGGUUUGAAGAGCUGCUGCACAGGUUUGGGGGUGGGCGCAGCCAGAGGCUCGGGUCCGGAGCCUGGUUAGGGGCUGGGACAGAAGCAGGGCAGGUUGGAGUUGUUGCAGCUUCAGUGCAGCUCUGGACGUGUCUCAGGCUGAGGGUUGCAGCAACAUAGGGGGAGGUGCAAGUGGGCCUUGCACAGGCAUGAGGUCUGGCCUCUGACGUCAGCCCAGGCUUGGGCUUGGGUUCAGGGAUGCCUGUCCUGCACAGUUUGUUGACGUCAUCCCAGGCUUGGGGGUUUCAGUUAGGACCUGGCUCCAGGGUUGAAUUGCAUUUGACCACGAGACUUGUUGGUGGUGGCUUUGGCACGGGGGGGGGGUUGCGAUGGCGGCCCUUUUCCUUUGUACUUUGGGGCCAUGUGAACCCCAAAUUAUGGUUAUUUGGGGGUCUCGAGUCAUCAAGAAAAAUUGCCAAAACAGCGAAGUCAGUAAAAGCUUAUUAAGAUU